AUGAUACACUAUUCUCAUCGAGGGCUUCGUAUACCAAAUAUGUAUAACCAUUUAAAAUUAAAAAGGAAGAUUGCAUCGCAUCGUGAUCGAUUUUUUCAUUUACCAACAACUAUUGCUGAAAAUGAUCCAUUUUUACGACGACUUUAUAGUGUUGUAUAUCUCGUUCUCGACGAUCACCCAUAUCCUUCUACACAAGAAGAAUUCUAUCACCGUACUUAUCAAAUUCAACGAAACAUUCGCGAUUUAAAUCUUGUUCCAAGUCAACAUAAAUUUCUGAAUCGACUCAUGGCUGAAACAAGUGUGAAUCUAGUUGAUCUCUGGCAAGGUUCUCAUAUUAUUACGAUUGACAAUGGACUUCUAUAUGAUACAUGGUCAAAAUCACCAUCAGCUCAUCCACGUAUUUCAUCGCAUUAUCGUAACAUACCUUUACAACAGUAUGGUAUUCGUUUUCGUGAUCAUCAAUUACUAUUUGGAAAAACUACAUUAAAUGGUUCGACAUGGUUUCAAAUGGAAGCGCACGGUUUUGCACCAACUGAAAUAUAUGAUGAUCCAAAUUUAGCUAUUUAUCAUGGACAAGAUUUCCUAAAAUAUCAAUUUCAUGGAAUGAAUGUUGGUCCUUUUGGUUUUUCACCUCAUACAGAACUGACGGGUCCACUUAUUCUACCUUAUAGAUCACUAAAAGCGGCAAGAAGUCGAAAGUUUUUCUAA